AUGGAGCGGGAUUCUAUUCGUUUAGUUCGGAAAUAUCAUCAACGUCAGGUACAUGAUGAUCUAAUUCAUUCUCCUCCUGCUAAAUUAUAUGCAAUGUCUGCUCCAUGGCCUUUCGUAGCUUGGGGAAUGGACGUGAUUGGGCUGAUUGAGCCAAAAGUGUUAAAUGGGCAUAGAUUUAAUUUCGUGGCCAUCAAUUACUUUACAAAGUGGGUAGAAACAGUAACUUUUAAGUCAGUAUUAAAGAAAUUUGAGUGUAAGAUCGGACACAUAAAUUCCACUCCAUAUCGUCCAAAAGCUAAUAGCGUGGUGGAAGCUACCAAUAAGAAUAUCAAGAAGAUACUGCAGAAAAUGGUGCAAGGGUCUAGACAAUGGCAUAAGAAGUUGCCAUUUUCUCUACUAAGUUAUCGCACUACUAUUUGCACUUUAAUAAGGGCAACUCUAUAUUUAUUGGUGUACGGGACAGAAGCAGUCAUUCCCACAGAAGAAGAAAUUCCCUCUCUUUGA